AGUAACAGCUGGGAGAGUCCCAGUGUGUCUCCUGGCAGGACAGAAAGAAUAUGUGUCACACUGGCACUCGCUCACAUUGUAGCAGACAGCAGGCACCAGGCACCAUGCCUGCAUUACUUCUCAUCUACAUUGGCCUCCUUACACUCACUCUCAUGCCCGGGGUCUCAGGAGCGUCGGAGUCGUGUAGCUCACAGUGUGGGGAGAGACUACAAUCCUGUUCCUGUCACACAACCUGUGAGAACCUGGGAACCUGUUGUACAGAUUUCCACCAGUUCUGCAUCAGCAUCAACCCACAUUCUGGAACCUUAAUGGGAGGCAAAGAUUUCAGCAUUCUUAAUGUGACGUUUAGUCCCAACUCGAGCGUGAUCUGCAGAUUCAACAAUGAGACAAAUACAGAAGGUUACAUAGAUGACACUGGCAUUGCUCACUGCAUUUCCCCUCUGCUGCUGGAGACAGGGCGCAUCUCCUUAGAUGUUUCCCUGGAUGGAGGCAACACUUUUACAAGAUCAGGAACAUGGUUAGCGGUUCAUCACAGCAAAGCAUCUGUGGCUGAAAAGAGUGUGCAGCUUGAACCCAAGAAAUGGCAGUAUUACGGAACCCCUGGAUACAAUGGAACUCUGGCCUUGACCUGGAAUGCUAAAACUCUUCCUUCUGAGAACAUCAGUAUAGAGAUCUGGGGCUACAAUGAAACAGGGACUCCAUACAGUGACACCUGGGGGGCGGACUGGACAUAUCUCUACACACUGGACCUCACUUAUCCCAACAAUGGCAGCUUCAUUUUCACCCCAUCUCCUGCCAAAGCGCCAUAUAACCAGUGGGACGUGGGGAUGCUGAGGAUCAUUGCAAGUGAUAAAUCUCAAGGAAAGAGGAAUGUGCACGCCAUCUGGAGUCCUGUACAUGCCUUAGCCUGGCACCUAGAAGAAAGUUUCAGAAAUGAUUCUGCUGCCUGGGCAUAUGGCAAGUGUAUAAACUGGCGAGAUGCUGAGAUCCAUACUCUACCCAACUUCCUGAAAGAGACCCCAGACUGCCCUUGUACUCUGGAUCAGGCCAGAGCGGAUACUGGUAGAUUCCAUACGGAUUAUGGAUGCGACAUAGAAAAAGGCAGUGUGUGCACAUAUCACCCAGGGGCAGUCCACUGUGUACGGAGCAUCCAGGCAAGCCCUCAGUUUGCUUCAGGGCAGCAGUGCUGCUAUGAUUCUGAUGGCGCUCAGGUCCUCACUUUUGACUCUAUAGGGGGCAGCACACCUGAUCGUGGACAUGACUGGGGUUCCCCACCAUACAGAAAACCCCCCAGAGUACCAGGUUUUUCUCAUUGGAUUUAUGAUGUGAUUACUUUUUAUUACUGCUGCCUAUGGUCUGACAACUGUCAAUUCUACAUGGAUUUAAGACCAUCCAGUGAUUGCCGCACGUACACGCCUCCAAAGGCUGCCUCUGGAUUUGGUGAUCCCCACUUUGCUACAUUCGAUGGGUCCACAUACACAUUCAAUGGAAAAGGAGAGUACACACUUGUGUCUUCUCCUCACAAGUCAUUAUCCAUUCAGGUUCGGACAAAGGCUUUAAUAGUUACUAAACCUUCUGCUGGUAACUUUGGCCAAGUAAGUGGGAUAAUUCAUGAUGAUAGAGCCACCAGUUCAGAGAUAAAUGUAGCCAGCAUCUGUUCAGUGGCUAUGCAAGAAGAUGACUCAGAUGUUAUUGAGGUGCGUCUGAAAGAUGGAUCCACACACGAGCUGGAGACUCUGUUGAAUCAAGAAGUGAUAGGUUUUGAGGAGCAGAUCUGGAUGGACUUAAGCGGAGUUUUUGUAUACUCUGCUAUCAACUCAAAUGUCACUGUAAUGUUCCCUUCUGGAGCCGGAGUAGAAGUAAGAAGGCAAGAAGGUUUCUUGAGUAUAAAUGUUCUUCUUCCUGAUGAUUUCAUUAACCAAACACAAGGACUUCUGGGACAGAUGAACAACAAUCCAGCAGAUGAUUUCACUUUCAGGAAUGGCACAUCCUUACCACCUAAUGCCACACCAGAGGACCUAUUCCAGUUGGGUGCUGACUGGGCAGUAACAAAUGAGAGCUCACUCUUUACCUAUGAUUCACAGGAACUGAUAAAUAACUAUCAGGUCAAGCAUGACUUUACUUUCCUGCCUACAUUUUCAUUUGAAGAAAAUCCAAGUGAGCCUCUUCUGGAAUUGUGUGGUGAUGAUGAGUUCUGCAGGUUUGAUGGCCUUGCCACUAACAAUCUCAAUGUUGCAAAUGCUACAAAGAUAUCUUUUCUCAGCCAUUCAAAUUUGGUGAAGAGUCUUACACCAGUGGUCUCCUGUGGUUGGCUAGCUCCUCCAGAAAAUGGGAUAAAGAUUGGCACCACCUACCUAGCUGGGUCUGUCAUUGAGUUUAACUGUAAUUCAGGGUUAAUUUUGAAUGGUACCAAGCUGAGGACAUGUCUGCCUGAUGGGACUUGGUCAGGUGAUUCAGUUCAGUGUCUUGAAGGAUUCAAGGAUUCUUGUUCAAGUCAGUGUGGGGUGAUCCUGCAGGAAUGUUCAUGCCAUGUGACCUGUGAGAAUCUUGGAACUUGCUGUCCAGAUUAUCGCACCUUCUGUAUCCGCAUUGCACCUGAGUCUGGCCUGCUAAUGGGUGGCCGAGACUUUAUGAUUUUAAAUGUUACCUUUAACAGAAGUUCUGAGGUAAAAUGCAGGUUCAGAAGUGAAAUAGUCACAGAUGGGUAUGUGGAUGAAGCUGGGCUUGCCCACUGUAUCUCACCGCUCCUUUUAGAGACUGGCCGUAUUACCUUUGAGAUGUCUGCAGAUGGAGGCCACAGCUAUCCAUUUUCUGGCACAUGGCUUUCAGUGCACCCUGGAAAGGUUAUGGAAUCUGAAAAAUGUACCUUGGUGAAUGAAACAAAAUGGCAAUAUUAUGGCACCCCAAAUACUGACGGAACAUUGACUGUACAAUGGGAUCCAGACACUUUUGAAAAUGAUGCUCUCAACAUUGAAAUCUGGGGAUAUGAAGAAACAGGAAACCCUUAUUCUAACUCCUGGAUUGGCUCUUGGAAAUAUCUAUACUCACUAAUUCGGGAGUACCCCAAUAAUGGGUCGUUCACCUUCUACCCUCAGCCGUCCAAACCAGAACAUAGUGUGUUUGAGUUUGGAAGCCUAAGACUUACACCAAGUCAGUAUGAAGAAGGACAGUGGAAUGUCCAUUCACUGUGGAGUGUGGACCAUGCCAUGGCCUGGCAUCUUGAUGAAGACUUCCGCAGGGACUCCAACGCAUGGGCACAAGACAAAUGUUUUAAUUGGCACCAAAGUGAGAAGAAUCUUCCUGAUUUUCUCUCUGAGAUUAUCGAUUGCCCCUGCACAUUGGCACAAUCCAGAGCAGACACCGGCAGAUUCCAUCCAGACUACGGAUGUGAUAUUGCUUCGGGUAGCGUGUGCACAUACCAUCCUGGAGCUGUUCACUGCGUAAGAGGGAUCUAUGGCAGUCCUCUAUAUGCAGCAGGGCAACAGUGCUGUUAUGAUUCCAGGGGCUUUCAGGUCCUUACAAGUGAUUCUGUAGGGGGCAGUACUCCUGAUAGAGGCCAUGACUGGGGAUCUCCCCCAUACAGAAAACCCCCGAGAGUUCCAGGCUUCUCUCAUUGGUUGUAUGAUGUCAUAAGCUUCUACUACUGCUGCCUGUGGUCAGAUAAUUGUCAGAAGUACCUAGAGCUCAGACCAUCCAGUGACUGCCGCACCUACAAGCCACCCAAAGUUGCUUCUGCUUUUGGGGAUCCUCACUUUAUAACCUUUGAUGGUGCCAAUUUUACUUUCAAGGGUAGAGGAGAGUAUAUUCUGGUCACAUCUCUGCACAACUCGCUCAACAUUCAGGGCCGAACACAGUCUGCACUUCUUUCAAAUGGAUCCUCUGUGCCAGUAACAGGGUUUUCCUCCAUUGCCAUGGGAGAGGGGGAGUCCGAUGUGAUCGAGGUGCGCCUAGCAGAAUCUUCAGAAAAACUAGAGGUUCUUCUAAAUAGUGAAGUGAUCCACUUUGAUCGAAGCUGGAUAGAUCUCAAAGGAGUAUUUAUGUUUUCUGGAGUAAACCAGAACGUAACAGUGAUGUUUCCAUCUGGUGCUGGAGUAGAAGUGAGAGGAAAGGGGAGCUUCCUCGGUGUCACUGUGCUCCUUCCUGAGGAGUUCAUGAACCAAACCCAAGGUCUUCUGGGUGUCAUGAACGGCAAUCCCACAGAUGAUUUCACCUUUAGGAAUGGUACUGCACUGUCCCCCAGUGCUACCCCACAGGAGCUUUUCCAGCUUGGCACUGACUGGGCAGUAACCAAAAAUAGCUCUCUCUUCACCUAUGACUCAACGUUUUUGAUCAAAAACUAUCAAGAAAAACCACAUGAUCCAGAUUUUGUGCCGAUCUUUUUUGUGACCGAAGAUCCUACUGAUCCAUUGAAAGAGCCAGUGGACAAGCUGUGUGGUUCUGAUGCAUUCUGCAGGUUUGACGCCCUCACUACAAGAGACCUCUCAGUUGGGAAUGCUACCAAAUUAUCCCAUGACAGUCACAAGGACUUUGUGAAAAGCCUGCAGGCAGUGGUCUCUUGCGGGUGGAUUGGACCUCCAUCAAAUGGAAAGAAAGAAGGAACUAGUUACCUAGAAGGCUCAGAGGUGACAUUCUCCUGUAACAGAGGAUAUAUGAUAUCUGGAUCAUCAACAAGGACCUGCCAGCCAGAUGGGACCUGGAGUGGUCAGCUCAGUCAAUGUGUAGCCGAUAAUACCCUUGGUAUUGUGCUUGGCAGUGUGUUUGGAUUCCUGACUCUCUUGAUCCUAAUUGUAUUGAUCGCCCUACAUGAGAGAAACCGCAGUAGGAAGAAAAUAAUUAUGCCUCCUGUGGCAUUCCAGCCAUCCAAUGAACCAUAGGGAAAGCCAUCCAAUGAAAAUGCUUUUGGAACUUUAUAGCAGACUCAGCUUCAUCUUUUUUUUUUCUUAUUUAAAUGUGCAACAUUUCAGGGAUUUUUCAAUGUGCUAACAGCAAUGUUGUCUUUAAUAUUCUGUUAUAAUAAAAGCCACACUCCAGUACCAA